AAAUCAAUUAUCACACCACUUCUCCCUAGAUAGCUAAUUAGAUAUGUUUUACUUCCGAUUAUUGAUAUUGUUCUGAUCCGUUGAUCGGACAGUCAGUGAUGAUGAACCUGACAUAAAGUACCGUAGUUUUAAGAUCGCUAGCUAGCUAACGUUAAAAUAUAUUGGCUAAGAUUACAGCUAGCUAAUGUAAGCGCAGCUAUCAAUCCGUGGUAAAUCAAAUUCUUGUUUGUUGUUGUCUUCGCGCACCCGGCUAGCGAGCUAACGUGAACUUAUCAGGCCAAGUAAACUAACUAACUUUAGCUAGCUGAGUUUUUACCGAACAUAAUAGUUUUGUCCACCAGACCGAAUGUUUUCCCCCCCAUUGAUUACAAUUUUUAACGUGUUUUCGCUAUUUGCUAGAUGGGAACGCUAAAUAGCUAUUUGUGUUGUAUUUACAGCCACCAUUGAUCGUAGAACUAUUAUACCGUGAAAGUGUGUUCGUUUAUUUCAACAGCUUGCAACUGCAUCCCGCAAUUCUGGGCGUUCCUGUAUUGUGGGCUUUCCCCGCCAUGGGGUGAUGGCUAGUUCGCGACACCGUUAGCUAUCGCCCGUUGUGUACAGUCAGGGGGUUUACUGUCUACCGGUCGCUCCCGCUAGCGCGAUAGGUUGGGGCUACACGGCUGAACUUCCCAGCUUCCUGGCCCCAAGCAUCCCAUUCUCCAGACAGACAGUGAGGCAGGAUGUUGGGUCUGUGGUGCAUGGGUGCCCGACUGGGCGUUCUCACUCUGGCGCUGUGCUGUACACUGGCUCCCUUACCUGCACACGCGUACAUCUAUGCUCAUUACAGCAAUAUGACCAACAUGUUGUUUGAGGACCUGCCUGCCUUUUUUGGAUCAUCACUACCCAAAGAAGGACUUAUGGGUGUGUUAGUAGAGUCACGACCACUCAACGGCUGCACUCCGAUAGAACCUCCACCACCACUGCCCACAUCUAGUGAUCCCAACACGACCACUACUAAGUACAUAGUCCUCAUCCGACGCUAUGACUGCAAUUUUGAUAUCAAGGUGCUGCAUGCACAGCAAGCUGGAUUCAGUGCAGCCAUUGUUCACAACAUGUACUCAGAGACUCUACUCAACAUGAACUACAGCAAUGAAACUAUUGCAGAGGAGAUUGAGAUCCCCUCCGUAUUCACCAGCUACUACGCCUCCCAAAUUCUAAGGACUUUCAUCAUUCCUGAACAUGGGGCCUAUGUGAUCCUCAAGCCGGAGUUUGCCUUCCCACUUUCAUACUAUCUCAUCCCCUUCACUGGAAUAGUGGGCAUGAUCAUCCUUGUGAUGGUUGUCAUCCUGAUUGUGCGCUGUGUGCAGUACAGGAAAAGGAUGAGGAAAUAUAGGCUGACUAAGGAACAGCUGAAGAAGAUCCCCAUUCACAAGUUCACCAAAGGUGAUGAAUAUGAUGUUUGUGCUAUUUGUCUGGAUGAGUAUGAAGAGGGUGACAGACUGCGAGUUUUGCCUUGCUCACACGCGUACCACAGCAAGUGUGUGGACCCCUGGCUUACAGGGACUAAGAAAACUUGCCCUGUGUGUAAACAACGCGUAACCCGACCUAAUCCAGAGUAUUCUGAGUCCGAGUCUGAGGAUGAUGGGGCAUCUCGUGCAGAUGAAGAGGGGGCAGAGGGUGAAGCUGACACCGAGCGCACCCCUCUGCUCCGCCCCUCCAACCCAGGCUCCCCUUCUGGCAACCCAGGGGCCUACUCUGCCACUGUCACCACGGUAACCACCGCCCAGUGCCUAGGCUCCCCUGGGCACAGCAACUCGCCCAUCCUGGAGUACGAGGGCUACUACUCCCCUCAGGGGGAGUCAGACUCUGAUACCGAGGAAGAGGGGAUGGACUCCCACCCCUCAGAUGAUGACACUACCCAGCUCAUUGUUAGGGGUGCAGUGGGGGUCUGAAAGCUUGGAGGGAGCUGAGAUAAAAUUACUUUAUGUUCGCUCAGUAGGGUCAGGCUUGUCCCUGCAGGGUGUUUUUAAAUGGUUUAUGGAGUCGUGGCUAUGGAGUUGUCUCAGCCAUAGACUUUCUAGAACACUAUUGUCACUUUGGUUACGUUGAACAGAUUUACAUAUUUUUUCCAAUUUAGACUCAAUGUUGCUAGCUCUAAGAUGUUCAUAUUUAGCUGAGAUUCUGAUAUGUUUUAGCUGUUCUGUCUUCAACAUGAGGCACACAUUGAUAAGUACAGUAAAUCAGUUCAAACAUUUAGCUUUGAGUCUUUGCCAGUGAACUAUAACCCCGCCAUCCAUCCCUAAAACUUAAGAUUUGCACAAAAUGAAUCAACUGACAGGUAGUCUCAAUCUUAACGAGCAGUAUUUAGUUGAAUACAUUUUUUCAAUGCACUACUUGACAAUUGACAUACCCCAUUCUUAUUUUCAAUUAACAUAUUGUACAAGGAGAUAACCCACCUGAGAUUAUUUUUGUAGUUAUUGAGUAGACUCAAGUCAUCCACCAGUUGUUCUUCAUAUUUCUUCAACAUUUUUAUUCUAGUAUUACAUUGUUAUUGCAUUGUUGGGUUUUGAGUUCGAAAGAAAGGCAUGUCACUGUACUUGUGCAUGUGACAUUAAAACUUCAAACUUGAGUUGAAAGGAAACUACAGUGCUGCAGUCUCAUUAAUAAUAUCUCUUCCCCAUGCUAGUAGUAUACCUGUAUGCAUCUCUGUAACUGGUUUCUGUCAUUAUAUUGGUUAAGUGGGAGUAUAGUUUACUCUAUGGGGUGUUUCUCUGUCUGAUGGGUUUAUGGAGUUUUUGGACUGUUAAUUUGUUAUGCAUCAUUGACCAGUAAUCGGGGCAUGCCAAAGGAGAUUAUUUAUUCUUUACUUCACUGUAAUACAUUUUUAUUAUCCAGCAUUGUUUCUUUGAACUUCUUUUACUCAGAAUUUGUCCAGUUUGAUUUUAUUUCAGCCUCUUCUAUGAUAGAUCGUUCUUCAUGAUGUUGUAAUGUUUGUUUGUUUUUCUUUGUUUUUGUUUUUGACAUAACUGGUGAUAUGGUCCGUCUAAAAGAGAUUCCAUCUGCUCUCUGAAGAAGUUGACCAAACUCAGGAAUAGGAACAUAUUUACUCUGUAUGGAAAUUACAUUUCAGAAUUCUUCAUGGAUAUUCUUGUUUUAUUUUCAUACAGAAUUAAUAUAUUACACCAUAGAAUAUAGCAAACCAUCGGCACAAUUCUUUCCAGUUUUGUCAGUCUCCUCACAUCAGCCUUUGUCUACCUGUAGAAGUACAGAUGUAUUGUUAGGAGAAUAGUGUGUAUCUUAAGGGACUAUUACUCGAUGUAACAGUGUUUUUUUUGUAAUUUUCUGUGUAGCCUUUUAUACACAGUACACACUUUAGGAACAAGGUAGGCAACUAUGUAGAUGAUCAUAUGACCAUGCAUCAAAAUACACUCUGUUUAGAUACUUUUUCCCCUGAAAAUAGCAGGAGAAGGGGGGUGCCAGUCCUUACACAUUGUUACAUAUUCACGUUGGUCUCCACCUCUGCUAUGAAUCUAUUGCUUUCUGUAUGCAAUUUCUUGAUUGUCUGUGUACAUUGUGUCUUCUAGUAUUCCUAGGAUGGCAAUUAUUUUUUGACAAAUUAUAUGUUAACAUCUCCCAUAUGACAUGAUGUAUGAUUUAGCUUUUGAGUAGAAUGUGCCUAAUUUCAGUCAGAAUGUAUCUUUAUUGCUGAUAAAUGAUCAAUGUUCAUAUACCACAAUUUAAUUUGUAGAUGUAUUUUUUAAAACAUUUUGGAAAUCAAAUGAAAGACUUAUGUCAAUGUACCUUUAAGCACAAGCAAAACGCGAGUAACAAUAGUAAUGGAACUGGCUAUAAGCUUCUGUGGCGCUCAUGCCAUUGGGACCAAGUUUGAAGUGUUAUGUAAUGCUUUCAUUUAUUAUGUCAUUGUCGGUUAGUCCUUGACUGCUGCAUUUCCAUAACCUCCUUUCUCACUGCUGAAGAUUUAUAUAGUCUUGUGACAUUUUAUGUUGGUCCCAUAAAAAUAAACAACAUAUUUUGGG